UAUCACCUGUCAAAGAGACAUUUGUGGAGCACAUUCCAAAUUAUUCUUUUUAGCACAUGAACUAAACUAACAACAAACAUUUCGACAAAAUGUACACAAUAAGUGAUAGUAUAUCUUUGAAAAUAAUAAAUGACAACAAUGUACUUGCAGGAGUUGGCAAUGAAAUUCGUUUGCACACGAAAGACGAUAGCUCAACACUUCCGUUUAAACUCAAAGGAAAGGUUCAUGGCAUCGAGAGUGAAGAAUGGACAAAUAAAUUAUUAAUUUAUGGUGAAAAUGAAUUUAUAUUCAUUGAACAAAAUGCUUUAAAUUUUGAACUUCUCUAUAGAGGAUGUCUAUCUGACUGGGUCAGCAGUGGAAAACUCUUGAAAGAAGAAGGAAGCUUUCUUCUAGUUACUUCACAUAGUGUGGCUGUGCUUUUGAAAUAUAACGACGUUACACAUUUUUGUGAAAUCCAAAAUAAGAUUUCAUGUACAGACAAAUCGACUCUAUACUCCUCAUACAUUUAUGGAACGAGUUGGGAGGAUUUACUCAUACUUGGGGGUAACGCCUUUGGUGAGCUUCUAGUUUGGCAACCAACAAUUCAAUGUGAGGAGAAUUCCGGAAGAGCAAAACUCCUUCAACGACGACCAUGUCAUAAUGGUGUCAUAUUUUCCAUUGAUAUUGACAUGGAAGCCAAGAUGCUUGUCACAACAUCUGAUGAUCGUUCUGUACGUUUUUGGGAUAUAUUAUUGAGUGCAGAAAGUGAUGAUUUCAACAAAGCUAAGAUCGUCAAUCCAAAAAGUGGAUACAGCCAUGUUGCUAGGGUGUUUAAGGCCAAAAUCAUACGAGAAUGUGGCGAAAUAUACGUUUUAACCGGCGGUGAAGAUUCCUUUUUCUGUCUUUGGAAUCGUAAAGGUGAAUUGCUUUUUAAACGACGGCAACAGUUUGGUGCCACAAUAUGGAAUCUUGACUAUCAUAGUCCUACAAAAACCAUACUCACAGUUGGAUCAAGUGGGAAUAUACUAAAAUAUGGAUUGGAAGAUUGUUUAAAACAGGAUGCAGAUCAUCUCCCAAUCAUCCUAACGGCAGGUCAAUCUCUUGAAGAGAAUGAGUACAUUGCAAAAAUAAAGUUUUUGAAUGAAACAAACUUUAUCGCCAUGACCAAUAAAAACCGUUUGAUGCAUAGACACCACGAAGUCGAUGGCGACGACGGGGAUGGUCGCAAAGGUGAAUGGAUUAUUGUAAAUUCAUUUGUUCCAUGCAAGUGUACAGUGCUGGAGGUUUAUAAUGACAUGAUUGCAAUUGCUGGCUAUCAAAAGGUUACACUUUACAAUUUUAUGGAAACUAAUUCAACAUUCGAAAAAAUGUUCGAAGGCAAAGUCCUUCCUGGUGUGAUACGAUCCUUUAUCUUUCUCUCCCAAAGUGAGUACCUGGUAUCUGAUGAAUCAGGGAACUGUAAAUUGAUUCGAUCACACAAUUUUGAAGAUUCUGUAUCGAUUGACUUACCCCAAUGCAAAGAGCGAUGGAUAACAGCUGCUUGUAAAGUAGACUCGGAGUUUCUGAUUGUUAGCAAUCGACAGGGAAGUCUUAUGCUAUAUUCUACUUCUGUCGACGAUCAAACAUCUAAGCCUUGCGAUACGAUUAAGCGUCUUCAUGGUCAUUUAGGAUGUACGACGGUGACUCUUCUGAGAGAUUACACUUCGUUUUCUAUACUCAAAACUACUGGACACGAUUAUGCUGUUAAAACAAUUAAAUUGGACAAAAAAGACAAAACUAUUUCUGUCUUGUCUCGAGAAAUAAUUCCAAUUGCAUGGGUAGAAAAAAUAAUUCCUUCCCACAACAACAACGAAUUGCUUUUCGGCUUCAAUGAUAACCAUUUCGUGUUAUGGUCUCGUGAAAUAGAAACACAUUUUGAGAUUCCCUGUGGAGGAGGUCAUCGUUGCUGGGAUUUACAUAUCGAACCGUCCAAGAAUCUUGUUCGGACAGUUUUUAUUAAGAACAAACAAGUUCUCUUGCAUCAAAAGAUAAUUUUCAACGAAUCCACAUUCACACUGAAUAUUCCGAAAAAUAAUUGGCAUGUUAAACCUUGUAAUGUCUUGAGCUGUCAUAAAAGCAACGAAUUGUUCCUUGUGUCUGGUGGGGAGGAUAAUAUGUUAAAGGUUUCGAAAUUUAACUCUGAAAGUGGGACAUUGACACAAUUACAUUCUAUUUAUUCGCACAUUUCUAGUAUUCGAGGAUUGUGUGUUGCGUGGAAUGCAACUGCAAGGAAACAUGUAAUAUUCUCUUGUGGAGGACGGGCACAGAUUUGUGUUAGUGCCUUUGAAGAAGGCUCAGAAUUUGUUGAGGAGCUUAUUGACUAUACAAUACAAAACCAAGUAAAAUCACAGGACAUCCGUUGUGACCCCGAGACUCGUGUUAUGUCUAUCGAUGUUCGUCUUCGUCAAGAAGAGGAGAACUGCUUUGACAUUUUUGUGGGAUGUUCCGAUGGAUACGUGCGACGAUUAAAAAUGGAAAAAUCGAGCAUAAGCCAAGUUUCGGAAGUCUUCUAUGGAAAAUGCAUUUUACACGUUCGCAUUGCAGGGCCCUACCUUCUUUCGGUUGGGACAGAUGGCGUUGUGUGUUUUUGGAAUAUCAACAAUUUUGAAGUUGAUUUUAAGAUUGCCCAUCAUGAGAGCGGUGUUAAUAGCUUCGAUGUUCGAGUUAUUAACCAAAAUGAAUUUCAUCUCAUUACUGGUGGAGACGAUCAAGAUGUUGUUUAUUCAAAAAUCAAUUAUAACUCAGGCACAUUCGAUGUUAUUACAUUAAAACGUAUGAAUUAUUUACACACUGCCCAAGUGACCGCUGUUAAAUUUACACCGUGUAUGAAUUAUUUUUACUCGAGCAGUAUAGAUCAAGUUGUAAGAAAAGUUAAUUUGGAAACAUUUGAUUCCAAUUGGGAAAUGGUAUCUUGUGUUGCUGAUGUUAAAGGCAUUGAAUUAGUUGAAGAGAGUGAAAAUCUGAGAGCGUUUGUGUAUGGCUGCGGGUUACAGGUGAUUUAAAAAAGUGGAACUAAAUGAAAUGUGAUUCAAUUGUAGGAGAAAUAAAAUUCUAUACUUUUUAAUUGUUU